AGAUAAUGGUUUAGUCCCCUGAGUUCGGUUCUGUGUUUGAGACCGGAACAUAUAUAUCAAUUAGCAAGAUAUCUCAUAUAGGUCUUCGCCGACGAAGAGAUGUUGCAAUGUUUCACCGCCACGGGAGAGGAGAAUGCCAGCGAACAGACGGGUUCUCUACACCGGGAUCUUGAGGGACCGAGUGAUUCAAGGAUUGACUUACUAUUGAAUCUUCAUGGUUCUGCCCCUCUGAUUCCUCCUGCUAUCUGUGCAUCAAUCGAUCUGUUUCUCUUUUCCUUUACGUGCCCCAGAAAUUUGAGGGGAUCCCUCUUGAUUCUUUUUAGUGUCGAUCUUCGGCUCCUUUUGGGGUUUGAGAAUUCGGCCAGUGUCCGACUGCGAUUACAGUCACUCUAUUUUCAGUUGGCUUUUCAAAUGAGACAAAGGAAGCGUAGGCGCUUGGUCUCGAUGGUGAAGCAAAUCGACUUCACAUUUGGAGGCAGUGGGCAAGGAGGAGAGUCCAUCUAACAAAGAAAUUGGAGAUGGUGGCUGGAGCACGACUGCGAUAUCGUCGGAUCUGCCAUCGAAGUGGAGCUGGGAGACCCUGAAUCUCACCAUUGUUGGAAUUGGGAAGAUGUUAUAGGCGGAGCCCGAGGAACGGCGGUAGGGGGAGGGAGACGGGAAAGCAUCAGAGAUAGGGGAAAAUUUUCACUUUUGUUAUUUAAAAUGAUAUUUUGAAUAAAAAUUGGAAUUAAAAAUUCCACGUCAGAUGUCACGUUGAUGCUGACUGGAUUUUCCAUUAAAAAUUAACGGUCAACAUUGGUCAACACUAACGGAAUAAUAGUUUAGGAUAUAAAUGGAAUAUUGGAAAGAAUAGGACACAAAUGAAAUUUUGUUCAUAGUUCGGGUGUUGUAGUGGGAUUAGCCCUCUUUUUUAUUAGGCUGUAUAGUUGGUCUCCCCCGACCCACAACCACUAGCCAUGCAGAUACAAAUAAUAAUAAUUAUUAUUGUUUACAAAAACAAAAGGAUACAAAACAAGGGGUGACCCUCAUACCAUACCUGCAUUGUCCACCAAGGGUUUGUCGCCAUUGCUGAGAACUUCGGCACAGACCCCCGAAGAAAGGAGGAUAAAUCGUAGGAGAACGCCCACCCAGAUGAAGAUUGGACAGAGAUCAUCACAUGGGAGCCUUCAAUUCAUCUCACUCCUUACCUCGUUGGAACAUCGCCUUUCGUAGAUCUCAUAAGCCAAGCAAUAAAAGAACUUAAGAGCGAUUGAGACCUUGUAUGAAACCAAAUGGAUUGAGACUCACUUAUAUUCAAACACAAAUUAUGGUACAUAUGGGCAACAUAUAUAAUAAAUAAUAUAUGCAUCCGUUUACCCUUCGAAAUUUGUCGUUCCAAUCGGAGGACUUGAAGCGCAUUUGGCAGUGGCUAGGAUCGAGCAGGAUUCACCAUCGCUUAUGGAAGGUGGGACGCAGACGUCUGCUAACCAACCUAGAGAGUAAACCGCAGCAUAACCCUGAGUUUCGACAUCAAAUCAGGAAAUUUUCCAGAAAUAUCAUCAAAAACUAAAAAAUUUCAAGAAUACUACCCAUUUUUGAAAAAUUUCAAAAAUACCACAAUUUCCCAAAAAUCACGGCCCUCUAUGAAGGUUUAUACGAAAAUCGCAGGGGGUGCCGCAACUUUCGUUCCUGCCGGCUGAAAACCACAUGGGGUCACUGCGGUCAGAUUGACCAUGCGGCACCUCAGCGAUCCAGGGCAAAACCGUCACCCCACCCUACGGUUUGCUUGCAAUUUUUUUUCUAAAACUUUAAAUGUACGUAACUUUGUGCUCGGGUAUUAGAUCGUAGCGGAACUUUUUUUUAUUCCGCAUAACUUUUCGAGACUUUGCAAGCCGCAACAUUGUUUUGGCUAACAAAGUUAUGCAGAAUCAAUUUUUUUUAUAACCCGGAGCACAAAGUUAUGGAAUUUCAAAGUUUGGAGAAAUAAAAAAAUUGCAUGUUCGAGGUAGCAAACGUAUUUUUUCGGGAUGAGGGCGGGACCAAAUUGCUUACUGCAUUUUGCUGCUUGCAAGAUCUCGAAAAGUUAUGCAGAAUCAAUUUUUUUUUUGCUACGAUCGGAUACCCAAGCGCAAAAUUGCGUUCAUUUGAAGUUUCAGAAAAAAAAUCGCAAUCAAACCGCGAGGUGGGGCGGUGGUUUUUCCUUGGAUCGCUGAGAUGGUGCACGGUCAAUCUGACCGCGGUGACCCCAUGCGGUUUUCAGCCGUCAGGAACGAAAAACGCAAGACCCCUUGCGGUUUUUGUAUAAACCGCCAUUUUUGCGAAAUGAAUUCUAUUUAACGAC